UACAGACGCCAUGAAAUGAAUCAAGCUAGCUAAUGUCUGGUUUGUCAAAUUAUUGAUGCGGUGGUUUUGAAUCACGUUUGAAUUGAAGUGCGAAGCUUCGCAUUGAGUUUAUUAUUCGUUUAUUAGAAUUCCUAAAAAUAUCUUAUCAAUGGACUUAUAAAGUGUGUGAGAAACAAAGUGAAAUACGCGUGAUUGAGUGUAAAAUUAAAAAUCAUGGUUUUGGCUGAACGAAGUACUGAUGUUCGAAACGGGAAGCGUUCGAGAGGACCAAGCCCAAAUGGUCAUGGCAGUCCAGAUUCCAGCUCUGAAGACGAGAAUGUAGUGCCAUUUGCAGCUGAAAAAAUUAGAGUGGGUCGUGAUUAUCAAGCAGUAUGCCCCGAGUUGGAACCAGUGGACCAGAGGAAACCAGAUCAGAUAUCUGACAGAGCCCUACUAGUUUGGUCACCUACUGCUGACAUAUCAGAUAUUAAGUUGGAUGAAUACAUAACAACAGCAAAAGAAAAAUAUGGAUACAAUGGUGAACAAGCAUUAGGCAUGUUAUUCUGGCACAAACAUGACCUUAACAGAGCAUCUAUGGACCUUGCAAACUUUACACCAUUUCCUGAUGAAUGGACAGUGGAGGACAAAGUGCUUUUUGAGCAAGCCUUUCAGUUCCAUGGCAAAAGCUUUCAUAGAAUAAGGCAAAUGUUACCAGAUAAAUCAAUAGCAUCACUAGUCAAGUAUUACUACUCAUGGAAAAAGACCAGAGCUCGAACAUCUUUGAUGGAUGUUGUUGGGGAAGGUCGCAACCCCACUGGCUCUGGAACUGGUAAACGGGAAUCUGGAGCUGGCUCAGAACCAGGAGGUUCUGACAAAGACUCUGAUAAUGAUGAAAAGGGCGAGGGCGGCGGCGGGACUAGCAAGUGGUGCACCGUGUGCGGCAUUCUGUGCUCGCAGACCACCGCGCACAACUCGCACAAGUUGUGCCAGGCAUGCCUCGUGCACGCCAGACGCACGGGCUCGAUGCGACCGCUGUGCGGGCCCUCGGGGCGACGCGGGCCCGGCUCGAAACAGCAGCGAUACAAGCACCGGUUGCCGCGCGGCAUUUACCUCAAUCACGACGAUCUCGUUGCCAUGGCGACCGGCCCGCAGCCCGGCGACGCCUCCCAGCCGGGCCUGGUCAAUCAGGGCGAGGCUAUGCUCAAAGCGAUGGACAGAGAAAUUAUCUCGCUCAAGAGACAAGUGCAACAACACAAACAGCAAUUGAGUGCGAUGAAGCGUAAAGUUGGUGACGCGGGCGUUGAAGAGCUGCGGCCCGGGGAACCCCCAGCAAAGAUUAACUCGCGAUGGACCAAUGACGAACUACUCAUGGCAGUAACAGCUGUGAGGAAAUAUGGUAAAGACUUCCAAGCCAUCGCUGAGACCCUUGGUACGAAGACUGAGGCGCAUAUUCGCACGUUUUUCAUCUCAUACCGACGCCGCUACAACUUGGAUGCCGUACUUCGGGAACACGAGGCAGAUCGCGGAAAUGCUAAUCACAUACAGCCCGGUACAACAAGCACGGAGUCUGCAGAGAAUGACGUAGAGAACAGUAAUAAUGGAACUGGGUCACCACAGACUAAAGAUGAGAAAACGGAGGUGGACAGUGAGGGCGUUUCUAUCGGCGCUUCCGCGGAGCAAGGCGGACCGCCCACCACGCCGCCAAAGCACAAGUCCGCUAAGUGAUGCCCGCCACACAAGCGGCACGCGAGAUAAACCCUACACCAUUCACUCUACACUAACACCAAACUAUUACAGGUUUUUUGCAAACACAUUAUGUUUGUUUUUAUGUACAGUUACCGUCACGAAAGUUGAAAUGGAUGGUGUUAAAGCUCAGCAGGGCUAGAACAGGCAGGAGACAAAAAUGGGUGGGUUGCAGAGCAUUCAAAUGUCAUCCUAAGUAUUCCUUGAGCUGUGCUCUGUUCGGUUUUGUGCCUUGCAUGCCUGAAAGAGAUCGCUAUGUAGCAAUAAGGCUACCAAAUUUUACCCUGUAUCUUGCUCUAUUGUGUUCGUAACAUUGUAACAAGUUUUUUUCUUUGGUGUUCAAUAAAUUUGUAUUUAUUCAUUCAUUCAGUGAUUGUGGAACGAUUGAUGCAAUGCAAUGGUACCUAUACUACGGCGUAAUCCAGUGUGCCCCACUGUUAAGUGUUAACCCGAGUUUAAUUAAUUUUUAUCGACAUUUAUACUUUAAAAUCCCGAUUAUGAUAUCAAGUACGAUUCAAAUAUGUAAAAAAAAAUACAACAUUCGCUAGAAACAUUUUAAAACAGUGUAAAAAGAUAUUGUGCGAGAAAAUGCAAUGGGUUUGAUACCCUUCAGACAUUUAAAAUUGUGCCACUGCAUUGCAUCCUUAAAUUCGACACAUCGCAAGGGGAAUCCCCGCAGGCGGGUAGUUUAUUUGCCAAUAUAUAGAAUGUGGGGAUUUCCCGCUGGCGGGGCAUUUUCCAUUGAAAUUUACCAGUUGAUAUCUUAGAAAUGACUUUUAAAUAUUCACCAGUAAAUAUCUAAGGCAUGGGUUAAACAUUUCUCGCAACACUAGACCAAUGAAAAUGUGCGCCGAUUGGAGAACAGCUCUACACUUUUUUCUGGCGUUCCCCACAUCACUGUAGCAUAAAAUUGCAGUAAUUGCCUUCUUUUCAACUUUCUUGAAGCGGACUGUUUUAAGACAGGAAACAUACUUUUAACUCGUUAUUUAAUAGUUCUAGAACGCAGGUUAUAAGUAAGUUUCCACCAAAAUGCUCUGAGUUAUUAUGAGCGCUGGGUUAUUUAAGUAAAACAAGUGAUUUCUGUUCCAAUUAUUGAGCAUAUGUGUUGAUCACCUUCCUCGCUUCGGCAGAAAAUUAGUGAAAAUUUUGUACUUUUAAAAGCUCUGAAUUUCUGUAAUAUAAUAUAGAGUACACUCAAACGUCGAUUAGUUUUUGAGUGUCGUAUGACAUGACAAAACAGAUCUAAUGCUCCUUGUCACAAUCGUACAUUUCGUACUACUCAUUUUAAUUUCACUAAGUUUCCUCUAGCGGCUUUGGCUAUAGAUGCAUAAACGAUCUCGAAUUUUAAAACAAGGCGCUUUGAGUCUGUUUUAACUUAAGCUUCAAGGUUAUCGAUUUUUGAAAAUGAUCGACGUUUGCGACGUUCAUUUAUCAAAAGCUGAUAGUAUAUGCCCAUACCGAAUGUUUGCGGAUAACUCAUUGUUUUAUAGUGUCAUAAAUACAUUCUGGGUGGUACUAUCAACUGUCUUGUAAUGUACUGAAACUAGAAAGGAAGUGUACUCUGAAGGAAGUUGUAAAUAUAGCCUAUAUAAAUUAUCAUACUAAAAUUCAAACAUCAUGAGCAAGCAUAAAACAAAACAAACUGACUGUUAUUUUGUAUCCUUUGGUAUUCAGCUUGCCACAGAUUAGCGAUUCUACAGUUCAUACGUACAUCUGGAGUAACUGCGAUUAUAUAGGCUAGACUAACCGCUGUGAAUUGCGGCUCCCUCAAUGAUGCAAUGCUCCCAGAAAAUAAGGCCUCAUAAACCCACCCAAUUACAAAUAAAGUCAAAUAUGCCAACCGUUUCGAUCUUACCCAAGCGUACGUACGUAACUGAUAAAACAAUAAAGUAAAAGAUUCCUUUACUUUUAAGCUAUGUGUAUUAUUAAGCAUUUCUUUGCUUUAACUGUGAAAGAAAACAUCGUGAGAAAAACGUCUUGCCGUGAGAGAUCUUCUUAAUGUUCUCAAAGGCGACUGAAAUCUACCAAUCCGCAUUUGGCCAGCGUGUGGUAAUCUGUAUGAUCGCUAAACUAUGACAAUACACUGCUAACCCAGAAACUUAAGCUGAAGCCUUAUUUUAACAUCGUAGCUUUUUAGAUCCCAGCUUUAAAUAGCAUCUAUUAUUAUUUAAAAAAAACAUUUCGAUUUCGUCCACUAGAUAAUUACGUAGUGAUACAAAUGAUUAAUAAAAUAGCAUUUAAUUUCGAAGAGAUUCCAUGAAAUGUCAGUAUAAAUUAUAUAAGAAUUGUGUAUUUUGAUUAUAUAUUGGGAAAUCAAGUGAAGGACAUUACAAACUCAGUAGGUCUAAAAUUUUAGAAUGUAGACUAUUGUGAGUGAUAUUCUAUAUUUGUGUUAAACUGGCUAGAGUCCUAAGUUAAGAAUAAGAACUCAAAGGUGGUAUUUUGGCAGGGCUUCAGUCAGGCUAAAACUGGAAUUAAUAUAUUAUAGAUAAUUUAAACAAGAAAAAUAAUGUAUAUAUAUAUAUAUAUAUAUAUCACGAUAAAUGAGCUAUUUAAAAAAAAUCAAUUAAGGCUGGUAAUUCCUGAGUAUCCUGAGGUUUCUUACAUUAUUACAAUGUAGGUUUUGUAUCAAACUUAAAUAUGCCAGCAAGAAAGUCUUGACCUUCGCCGAGUAUAUUACUUUCGGCGUUUCUUGAUAUACCUUUAAUAAACCUAGCAUGAAGGAGUUAUAAUUAACUGCAGUGUUUUGUCACUUGAACAUCACCUUUUAAAUGUGAACAAACAAUGUAUAACUGCUCCGACUUUAUGCCACGUUCGUUAAUAAGAUCCUUAAUUCGCGAAUUAUCGCGGGUACGAACUCUUGUCUGUAUUGACAUAUGUUGUGAUCAGCGCUCUUAUUGCAAUAUUAAAGAGUAUUUUUUGACCACUAUAAAUAACCAUUAUAAUGUAAAAGUUAAAUGGUUUUUUUUCUUCUUGUUUUAAAUUUCUGGCUUCUAUGCUACGGUUUUUUAUUUAACCAAAAGGAACUUGUGUAGAUGAACUAAGUGUAAAUGAACUUAGGCUUUAAAGCAAGAUUACCUAUCUUGUUUUAAAGUCUUUUUUACUAUGAUAAUACAGUCUACAGUUAACUUGUAGAAAACUACAUUUGCCAGCGUGCAAAUCUCUGCCUUACGGUACUCUGAGCUCUGCCAAAAUAACUCUUUAUGAUGAUUAAAGAUACCAAUAGGUCUCGUAUGAUUAAAUAUUAGUUUCGUAGUAAGAUAGUAUCGGAAUGGUUUGAAGCGAUUUCUAUAUUUCAGAAAUCAUGGUAACAUUAUGAGUAUAUGUUUCAGAAGAUGGAUUUCAAUUUUGUACAUAUGUAUUCUAAGUAAUAUUAGGAAUUAAGAUUUAUAUAGGUUAAAUAAUUAAAUAUAUUAUUUUAAAACAAGGUACAAUACAAACACAAAUUUAAUUUUAUGAGCCGUUUGAUUUUCGCUUUUUAAAAACCAUUUUAAGCUUUUACACUUUUUCCCCAAAAAGUGACUCGCUUCUAUCUCUAUUUUCUAUAUGGAAAACCGAUGUUUUAUAUCUAUAGAAAUUUGAAUCUAAUAAAACACAAUAUUGUUUUCUAUAAUAAAAAGCAAUGUUAUUUUUCAUUAGAUACAAGCAAUCCUUAACUUCUGUCGAAUAUGUACAAAUUUGUACAUACAAUAUUUAGAUAUUUAUUAUAAGUACACAUAAUAAUUUAAAUGCAGUGCGACAUACUAUAGAAACUAAUAUAAUUUUACUUUUUAUAGGUUUCAAAUCAAAACUGAUUUGAUAAAUUAGGAUAUUUGAUUAGGUAAGACGCUUUUUUAGACUUUAAGGCUAGCUGUGUUCCAAAUCCACUGGCCUGGAGGCACUCGAAGUUAGAAGUUCGCUAGCUUCACUCUUAAAUAUUCUAUACUUAUUAUCAAAUAUAUUAUUUUGUAUAAGGACAUUUUAAGACGUGGAGCGUGCAAUUAAUCUAGAAAACUAAGUUUAAUCAUAUACUCGCAUGCUUAAAGUACUACUACCUUAAUAUAAUAUGAUAUAAAGUAGAGAUCACGGUUUGCACGGCAACAUUUACUGUUUAAAAUAAUAAAAUAUUUAUAUAUGGAUAGUGUUUUUGCGAUCAUUCUUUGUGUCUAGACGCUGUGUUAUAUCUGAAUGCGCAACGUUCACUUACACCUUAUUUUCAUAACGCGCGAAAAGAAGUACUUGAAAAAAUAAUUUUCAUUAGAAUCAGGCUGAUUAUUCGAAUGGGAGAUGACUGAUAUAUCUAAUAUUAUAUAACACUAGUUAAACUUAAUAGGUCUCGAUUUCGAUUUAAUAUUAUGACAUCUCCAGGUACUAAAUACGUUUAAAAAUCGUUUCAAGCUCUUGGCAAGAAUAAUAAUAAUUUGGCCUUAAUAUGGGUAUAAAUAUACACCAAAAAUAGAAAGGGACCUAAUAUUCACACUGUGGGACACUCAUUUAGGUUGAUGUACCUUGAGACUAUGUUAUGCAUUCUUUUCGUGUUAUAGUACUGAUUUAAGAUGCAAUCAAAUUAAAUGCAAUUAAGUGGUACCCAUUUCUAAGAAUCCCAGUAGGAGCAAGCGAUACAAGUUAUAACUGCUUGACGCACUCUUAAGCGCCAGUGUCCCUACCCGCCGAUUUACUCCCAUCCAGUCUCUAUAUUUCGUAAAAUUAAUGAAAAUGGCGCAUAUGUGUAUUUUGUUUAGAUGAAUUAAAUAAGCUCAUAUUGUGACAUUCGGAUAUAACGAUAGGUAAAUUAAUUUACAUAUCUAAAUAUUUAUGAUAUUGCCGAUGGUAAAUGUUUUCGUGCAAUCGCCAAAUAUAACAUUAUGUAAUACACUAUAACUAAGAGCUAAACAAGUUUCCAUAGAUUAUGUUUUUCAAGUCCAUCAUAUUAAUGCCUUAAUAGUAAAUUAGAAUUUAUAGGUUACAACACAUUGUGUGAAUGACGUUAUGUGAACUGAAACAUUUAUACUAAUAAUAUUUAUUUUAAUGACACAAACACAUUUUAUAUAUCAUUGAUGAAAAUAUAUGACUAAUAUAAUUAAUAAAGAGUGUUUGCCCAAUAACAUACAAACUGAUAUUAUAACACCAUUCACAAACAUUACUUGAUGAACGAGGUCUUAAAGUGCAUUUGAACGCAUUGCGUAUAUUAAUAGUAAUUUUGGUAUAUAAGUUAGGUUCUAAGUAAGUAAAUUUCUGGAUAACUAAAGCUAACUCAUUUUUUUCUUGGUUUUGGUGUGUUUUUAUGCAUAAGGUUAGAUCUUUAAAAGCCCUAAAAUCCCAUUUAUGUCUGGAGAUAGUUUUACUUACAACUGAAACUAAAACGGGCCGGAUGUAGUUCAAAACACUUUAUUUGCAAAUAUCAAAUUAUUUGCCUGGAUCAUUGUGUAAGAAGCCACAUACCCAAUUCCAAUUUACUCGGUGUUUGAACAUGCGCUUUUGAAAUUUUACAUCUUUGUUCAUGUAACUUUUAUAUGAUACGCAUAAAAAUAAAUGACAGUCGAAGUAAAAUAUAUAAGUGAAAUCCCAAUAGUUGCCUCGUCUCCACUGCAUCGUUAGUACCUUUUAGUGUUUAAGUUUUAUACGUCUUCAAUUAUCGUAGAGUACUUUUCAUGUUUUGAAACCCUGACGGUCCAGUAAAAUGGAACUUAUCAACUUAGAUUUAAAGCUUAAACUUGUCUGCUGUACAUCCGGCGGUUUGUAAUCUACUCACCAGUAGGUACUAGAAUCCGUGACAAAUGACCGAUAUACAAUGAGUCUAUUUUUCUUUAGACGUUACAGUGGUUUGAUACUCGAAAACGUCUACUGCAAGCGUGGAAAUCUCUUACUAACGGUAAAGGCACAGUGUAAAGAAGUGAUAGAAUAGUUCAAAGCCUUUGUUCAUGCUGCUAAACAGAGUAGCAACAUUGUAUCGGGGCGGAAAAAAGCCUUACCGUAGUAUGGGUCUACCGCACGAUUGCUCGCUCUAAACAGCUUUGUUAGACCUCCACAUGAUUCCUUUCGUUUUAGUACGGGCGAUAUCGAUAGUCGGAGCGGUCAUCUGUCAUAAAAAAAUAGCUUUGCUUGAGUAAGCUUAUGUACCUUUUUGACCUAGGUGUAAACUAUUUUAAUAUUAUUAUGGUCCAGAUAUAAAAAAGUAUUCUAGCGACCAUUUUCUAGCAAUUAUUCAAUCAUCACUACCUAUUUAAAAUGAUUUUAUACGUAGUAUAAAUACCUUAAUUUAUAAUAUUGUAGCUACAGAAUUAUAUAUAGACAAAUGUUACUAAAUAUUGACGAUAUUUUUGUACACUCUAAAGACAUUCAAUACAUAUUUUAAAAUUAGGAUCAUGUGAGUUAAAACAAUAGUUAUAUUCUAGUAUUAAUUCUUAUACAGGGCAUGUUGUAAAUAAUGGAUAACUUUACUGUAAGAUCACUGGGCAAAAUUAUAACCAUUUAAAAAAAUCAUAAAUACCCGUGUCCCAAAACUAGGUUUUAGGUUUCCAUAAUUUAUUUCAUAAUUUGGUUUUACUAAAAUAGUCAAGAAUCUUCAGGUGUUAGGUUUUCCAUUAUUUACAACACCAUGUAUGUUAGGCUUUAGUUCCUCUAAAUUUAUUGUAAUAGUUAUCAUAAGCAUAAUCAUUAAAGAAUAGCUUUAAUAUAUGUAUGUUAUGUACAAAGUCCCCACGGUGUGCAAUGUCGACACUGACCGGGCAGAAUCAUUUAAUCAUAUAAAAAAUAAGUCCUAAGUUAGGAUAAGGUUCCUUUCUGGCGUGCUAUAAUAAGAUAAACAAAUAGCCAAUACGUAUGUAUGUACUACCCCCAAUUGACUAGAAGUAUUAUUUUUACUGUAUUUAUAAUUGCACUGAUAACGUGUAAUUUUUUGUACUUAUAAGUACAAUUUUUUUUUAAUUUCGUGAAAAAGUUUAGCUAUAUUCAGCUAUUCAGCGCAACUGUAAGCUCUGUCUAAUAUAAAAUUAGCCCAAGCAGUGGAAUUUGCACACCUUAGGAACUUCGCCCAUUACUUGUGCCUACAUCACGAAUGAGAUGAUAGUUUUGGUUAUUGAGCCGAAGAUUUGGUUACCUAUGUAGAUUUGUGAUUACCUUUUUUUGUAUAUAAAUUGAAUGCUGCGAAUAAAUGCGCUCGGAUAUCAAGUGCUUACGAUAAAGGGAAAAUAAAAAUUAAUAAUAAUUGA